CUUCAGCAUCUGGAUGGCAAUGCUUCAGCCCAUCUGCUGAACCCGUGAAGAAGAUGGAAUCGUCUGGCAAGAGACCUCUUUACCCAGAAGAUGGAUUUGAACUGAAGCCAAGGACGUCUUGAAGAACUGCUUUCCUCCAUCCUGAGACCAGAUCCAUCAUGGCAGCGGGUGUAGCAGCAUGGCUUCCUUUUGCCAGGGCAGCUGCCAUAGGUUGGAUGCCAGUGGCCAACUGUCCCAUGCCACUGGCCCCAUCAGAAAAAAAUAAGCGCCAAGAUGAGCUAAUCAUUCUCAAUGUGAGUGGCCGACGUUUCCAGACAUGGAGGACUACCUUGGAGAGAUACCCUGAUACUCUACUUGGCAGCACCGAAAAAGAGUUCUUCUUUAAUGAAGACACCAAGGAAUACUUUUUUGACCGGGAUCCUGAUGUCUUUAGGUGUAUCUUAAACUUUUAUAGAACUGGUAAACUACAUUAUCCAAGGUAUGAGUGUAUCUCCGCUUAUGAUGAAGAGCUUGCUUUUUAUGGGAUCCUGCCUGAUAUCAUCGGAGACUGCUGUUAUGAAGAGUACAAGGAUAGAAAGCGGGAAAAUGCUGAGCGAUUGAUGGAUGAUGCGGAUUCUGAGAAUAAACAAGACUCUAUGCCAGCCUUGAGCUUCCGGCAGACCAUGUGGCGAGCUUUUGAGAACCCUCAUACUAGCACCUUAGCCUUAGUCUUUUAUUAUGUCACAGGCUUCUUUAUUGCUGUUUCUGUGAUCACCAAUGUGGUGGAAACCGUACCAUGUGGCUCAAUAUCCGGCAACAAGGAACAGCCAUGUGGGGAUAGGUAUGAAAUGGCUUUCUUCUGCUUGGACACUGCUUGUGUUAUGAUUUUUACAGUUGAAUACCUGAUGCGACUUUUUGCAGCUCCCAGCCGGUACCGGUUCGUCAGGAGUGUGAUGAGUAUCAUUGAUGUAGUGGCCAUUAUGCCCUACUACAUAGGUUUGGUGAUGACUGGCAAUGAGGAUGUCAGUGGAGCUUUUGUGACUCUGAGGGUUUUCAGGGUAUUCAGGAUUUUCAAGUUCUCCCGUCAUUCCCAAGGCUUACGAAUCUUGGGGUACACACUGAAGAGCUGUGCCUCUGAGCUUGGUUUUCUUCUCUUUUCACUCACGAUGGCAAUUAUUAUCUUUGCUACUGUGAUGUUUUAUGCAGAGAAAGGAUCUUCAGCCAGCAAGUUCACUAGCAUUCCAGCAUCAUUUUGGUAUACUAUUGUCACCAUGACAACUCUUGGUUAUGGAGAUAUGGUGCCCAAGACAAUUGCUGGCAAGAUAUUUGGCUCCAUUUGUUCGCUGAGUGGUGUCCUUGUCAUUGCUCUUCCUGUCCCAGUUAUUGUUUCCAAUUUCAGUCGAAUUUACCAUCAGAAUCAAAGAGCUGAUAAGCGACGAGCACAAAAGAAAGCCCGGUUAGCCAGGAUUCGUGUAGCCAAAACAGGAACUUCCCACGCCUACCUUCACAGUAAGCGCAAUGGCCUUCUCAAUGAAGCACUGGAGUUGACGGGGUCUAUGGAAGAUGAGCACAAUAUCAGCAAAGCCACAUCUAUCAUUGAAAGUCAGCAUCACCACCUGCUGCAUUGCCUGGAAAAAACAACUGGAUUGUCCUAUCUUGUGGAUGAUCCCCUGUUAUCUGUACGAACUUCCACCUACAAGAACCAUGAGUUCAUUGAUGAGCAGAUGUUUGAGCAAAACUGCUUGGAGAGCUCAAUGCAGAAUUACCCAUCAACCCGAAGCCCUUCCCUUUCAAGUCAACAGGGCUUGACUACCUCCUGCUGUUCUCGACGUAGUAAGAAGACAACGCACCUCCCCAAUUCCAAUGUGCCAGCAACCCGACUACGGAGCAUGCAGGAGCUCAGCACUAUACAUAUCCAAUGCAGUGAACAACCCUCACUCACAACAAGUCGCUCCAGUCUAAACAUGAAAUCAGAUGAUGGUCUGAGACCGAACUGCAAAGCUCCUCAAAUAACCACAGCAAUCAUCAGCAUCCCAACACCACCGGCCCUGGUACCAGAAGGUGAAAACAGGCCUUCCUCCUCCAACCCCAGCCAUUCAAUGAACACAAUCAUGGCUAGCAGCAACAUUGUCAAGGUUUCAGCUUUGUAAGACUGGCUUGGUCAAACAUGAUGGCAGUAGAUUGGAAGGCCAAUCUUUCUCCCUUUCUCCCCAACUUCCAUGUUCCUUCUUUGCUGCAAAUUGUGCCUAGAUGAAUGGCUGGAUGGACAAUGGACCAACCUGACCAACAUCUAAGAACUGAGGAUGAGAGCCGAAGGAGGCAGCUUCCUUCAAACUCACAUUCAUGCUGCAGAGCGAGCUCAGAAGAAUCAGGAAGCUGUGUUUGUAUGUAUGGGUGUAUGCGUGUGUGUGUGCAUGUAAGAACAGAGUGGCCAAAGGAUCUCUCUUUGACAAGUUGAAGCCUUGUUCUAAGACAUGAGGCGUAGAAUAGUUUUGGAUAGUGAUAUAUAUGUCCUGUCAUAACUACAAGAAGGUCAGUAAAGAAGUAGAAUUAUAACACUGUGUAUCUCAACACCUUUUUAAAGGUUUUUAAUGGAUAAUAUUUAUUCAUGAGGAAAUGACUGAAAAAGGUGACCAAAAUGGAUUUUGUGAUAUUUUUUUUUCUGUCUUCAUGCAGCAGGAUCUUUUAUUAACCAAAAUGACUUCUUUAUUUUGUUUUAUACCUAAACAUUUAAAAAAAAAAGAAUGCAUCCUGUCACACAAAUUUAAUUUUCAUUCUUUUGUGCAUGUGUGCAUGCGUGUGUAAGAACGAAUAAGAGAACCACAAAACUGGCAUUUUCCAACUAUGAAAGAUCUGAGCACACAUUCCUGUUUCUGGGCUCAAUCCUGCAAAGACUUACUGUUUGCAUGGUCAACAACAUGCUUUAAGUAAUGCCUGUGGAUUCAACGGUUCUACCUACUGUCCAUCCCUUUCUGCAUGAGUGUGUCUUUGCAGGCUUCAGCCUUUAGUGCGCAGUAGCAAAACAGAUGCCUGCAUGCAGCCACACACACACACAAGCACUAAUGAAACAUUCAUUUUAGAUGGCACUUUUUCUUAACACAAUUCUGUAAUUGCCUUUAAUUCAACAAAAAUUGCAGUUGCAAACAGUGUAUUUGUCUGCUAAUUAUUGUCUGUGAAAAAAAUCAUAUUUGUGGAACAAAAGAACAGGCUUUCAUAGUUCACCACAAUUCUUUGCUUUUCAAAGUAUUACUUUGGUUAUCACAGAUUGGUAGAGAAUGUGAUUAGAUUAACUAGUUCUGUAUUUUUAAAGUCCAGAAAAUGGCCUCGGGAAAAUUUAAUUUUUUUAAAAAAUUAUUCAAGCAAGUUUCAGAGGGCAAAAUCAUUUGAAGCAGCUGCUGCAGAUGUUCAUAACUGAAAUGUAAUCUAUGCCCAUGCUUUCUUUUAUGUUUUAUAUGUGUUUCUUUAAUAGUAAUGGAAGUGUCUCCCAUUGUAUAUAAUAGCCAAUAGUCAGUGGAUGUGUCCUUUGUUAGGACUAUUUUAAGAGCCAAAACUUUUGCAGUCCUGUGGCUCUUAAUGAAACUCUCUGGGUUGCAUUGGCUUAAUGGAUACAGCAAUAUAAUAUUUUACUUUCCCUAGAUAAAGUAUCAUUUCUUUUCAAUGAGGAGAUGUUGCUUUUAGAUUUGGGGGGGCCUACUUUAUAUUAGAAUUUCAUUUCUAAUCAAUUUAUAAAAUACUGUUAAUAGAUGGUUUAAAAAUAUCUAUGUUUCAGAAUAGUUCACCAAUUGUUAACUGUUGUUACACUGUUUAGAAAGUUUAGGACUGUGAGGUAUAACCAUCUAAAGCUUUAUACCGAUAUUCUCCUAAUGUCUUUCUCUGGAAGCAAACCUGCGUGGCCACAUUUAUGCCAAGAAGACACACACUGCUUCACUGUACACACACUGUACUCUUCUUUUCUUACUAAAUUGUGCAAUUUAUUAACCAUCUUAGAUUUGUUUAAGCUUUGACAUAUCUGAUGUCCACAACAUGCUGUCUUUUGAUACCUUGCUUCAUUUUCAUAUAUCUUCACAAAGUAUAUAGCCCAAGACAUUUUGAGCUAGAAUUUGUGUUGCAAAAGGAAGACAGACUUUGCUGAUUCAAGCAUUGUUCAGACCAAAAGGGGAGAAAAAAACUUUGCUGAAAAAGUUAUCUUCUGUAUGGGUUUUGUUUUGGGUUGCUUUUUUCACAUUAAAAUUAAAGGUAUCAGAUGAGCAAUUAUUGGAAACCACUAAAUGGUAGAAUUCACAUGUUAAUACAUCUUAAACUGAGUCUGGAACCAAAGUUUUGAGCAGGAUGUGACCAGCUCUUUGAAAACUGAAUUUCAAAGAGCUUAUAAAAAAAUCCCACCUUUGUAAACGUUUCCAUUUUGAGUUGUUAAAAUGAGGCAUUCCUGCACAUUGCACCAUAAGAGGUCUUAUCAGCUGAAGGAUUCAACUAAGGCAACUCUAAAUUCUAUCCAUUGGCUUAUACAAAAAGCUGGAUCCAUGCAUUAUGCUAAACAGGAAAUUUUGAUAAUCUGUUGCUUAACACUGCGUCUUGUAAUUUAAAAAAUAAAGUUGGACAUGCUGUAUGUCCCCAAUAUAUUGAAAAACUCAUUAUUCUAGUAAUCUGAAGGAGGCCUUAAUUUGCCAUCUAAAAUGUCAGUGCCUGGGUUAACCCCAGGGUUAUCUGCAGUGGUUGAAAGAAAUCAGGAUGGCAAUUAUGACUAUACCAUCUAAGCUGGGCCCCUUUACAUAUGUCUGAUGCAAAAAAAAAAAUUGUGAGAUCACAGGAUUACAUACACCAUCUGGACAUUUUUGCUUUAACUAUUCCUGGAGAUAUUUCUGGUUUAGCUUGUGAAAUUAUGAACUGAUUUUUUUUUUAAUUUCGGAGUUGUCCACUUCAUAUCUAUAUAUUGAACUCUUACUUAGUAACUACCACCCAUCUCAUACACUUUGAUGGGGCGAAAGGUUACUGGGUAAAGAACUGUUGCCUUGUUUUCAUAAUUUCACUGGUGAUGUUAAUGCUGAUUGAAUUACUUGCCAGAUAGGCUAAGCUGCUAGUCUUUCUUUUCUGAUACUAGUACAUAAUCUAAAGAAAAUGAUCAUGCAAUUUACAGAAAUGCCUUAUUGAAGCUUUCCUUUGCUUCAUUUAGCUUCAUUUAGGUUACAUUAUACCUUAAUCAGUUCCUACCUAGGCAAUCUGAAGUAUAUUCCUCCAUUCUCUUUAACAUACUGUGUUGAUUUUUGUUCCUAUGCAAAGGAUAGCUGUAGAAAUCUUAGUUUUGCCCUAUAUCCAAUUCAUUUCACCCCAUUAGCAGAAAUAAGACUAUCUGUUUGAAAUAGCGAAUUAUGUAAAAAUUGGGUUUCGCUCUAUUGAGUUUCAAUCUACUCACAGUAUAAUCUACCUUUCUAUAGGAAAAGUUUGAUCCUUUAAACUGCCUUCAAUUACAACAUACUUUCCAAAUUUCAAUUAUUUCCCCCAAAAGUAUAGCGGGAAGCUACACACAAUACAGCAGUAGGCAUAUAUUUGCUGCCUCUGGCAUAACAAUGAUAUGCAAAUAGUUUUAAACAUGGUUUAUGUCAUAGUGAUGGGUAAACUAAGCUACCAUGGCUUGUUUAACAAUCCUGUUAAAACAAGCCAAAGGAUAGCUUACAUGUCUACCCAACAGAACAUUAUUAUCCAGCAAUCACAUGUGUUGAUAUGUAUCGUACCAUGAUUCAUACCAGAUGAUGUGGUGGUGCAGUUAUUAGAAUGCAGUAUUGAGGCUAAUUCUGCCUACUGCCAGGAGUUCGAUCUUGACCAGCUCAAGGUUGAUCAAGCCUUCCUUCCUUCUGACGUUGGUAAAAUGAGGACCCAGAUUUUUGGGAGCAAUAUGCUGACAUUUGUAAAGUAAUGAGAGAGUGCUGCAAAGGACUGUGGAGUGGUAUAUAAGUACUAGUACUAGUGCUAUAUAGAUAACAUAGUGUAGUAGACUGGUACUGAAUUCUAACAAAGAUGAUUAUAUGCAAAGAAAAUAGAAGCCCUGUCACUUUCAUACAUCUAGAACAUAUUUUAAGCCUGAAGCUAAGCAGCUGCAAGGCUAGUCAAUGCCUAGAAAGACAUAUAUCCAGUGGUGGGAUUCAAGUAAUUUAACAACCGGUUCUCUGGUUAUUAUUAUUUCUUCCAACAACCAGUUUGCCAAAAUGCUUAGAAAGUUAACAACCGGUUCUCCCAAAGUGGUGCGAACUGGCUGAAUCCCACCACUGCAUAUAUCUUUCUCUAUUAGCAUUGGAAAUAUUUUUAAUGAAACUCCCCACAUGCAGCUAUUUAAAACAGUACUCAUUUGAUCUGAUCCUUUGACUAUUGAUGUUCUUAGUUUCAAAAAAUUUUAUUGCAUCAGAAUUCAGUGAUAUCUAGUUUAAUUGCCAAAUUGGCAUUUUGUCCACCUGGGCAAGCUCAAAAUCAGUUUCAAAAUCCUAAAGUUCUAAGAAUGUGUUCCUGCUACGAAAAGUUUGGAAUCUUUAGAAAAUUCAGAAAUCUAAACCAGAUUGGAAUCCCAUGUGUAGUUAGUUUGUUGAGAACAGACUGGCCUCAGCAGAAUUUUAAAUUCUAUUGCAUUCUCAUAAAUGCCAGUUUCUUUUUGUGAAAAAGAGUUGCCCACUAUUUAGACAUAGCAGGUCCCUUUAUUAGACAAGAUAACAUUUUUUCUAAAACUUGGUGACUAGAGGAAAAACUUUGAUUCCCUGAUACUUUCCUGUGACUGAAUCACAAUGAGCAUCUCAUGCUAACUCAAAAGUAUCCAGGCAAUUAAGCCAAUGAGGAUUGGAUUUAGCCCCAAACAGAUCUGGUUCACUAAUAUCCAUGACAUUCAUUAUACUUACUGAAAUUGCCCUUUCUUAUAUUCAUGAUCAAGACUAAUUUCUAGAAGAGGCCCACAAAAACUGGCCCUUGUAGCCACUUCAUUUUAGUGUUCACAUACUCCUCAACUACAUGGACAGAGAAAAAAUAUGUUUGGGCAUUAUCAUAAUUAUGCAUUCCAAAUGCUGCAUGGUUAUGCCAAUCCUUUUUCAAAGUAAUGACAGCAAGAAAAAAUUGGGUGGGGGGUGGGAAGUGGGGAGGGAAGUGGUAAACUUCAGUCUCCUUUGGGAUUUGAAAUAACAUAAAGCAUAGCUGUCAGCCAGCUGUCUCAAAAACCUCAGGUCAUAUGUUGUCUGUGCAUGCAGAAGAAUGAAUUGCCUGGAAUAGGAGAUAUUGGAUUGGAUAUCUUGAGAACAAGACUAUUAUGUAGCCUUCAUAUCUAAUCAUAGUGAAUGUGGUUUCUUAUUUUCCAUCACCUCACCCAACUAGUGUCAAUAUAUAUUGCCCACCUCCAUCUGGGAAUGGAAAACCUUUUUUGUUAAUAUGUCAAGUGUUUCUAAAGCAUUUGUCUUAUUUGACAUAAUAUAAUUUAUGACUUGUCAUGCUCUAUCUCCCAAAAAUCAUUGCUUUUGAAACUGAUUUCAGUACAGAAGUAUAACUAUACAGACGUAUAGAAUACAGAAUACAUAAGUAUAACUAUAUUUAAUUUUUGUCUAUGAAAUUCUAGAGGUAGAAAUUUUACAUUUCAUUACUUAGUAUAUAUGGUAUUUUGCUCUUCUGCCAUACAUCCACAAGAUAUAUGCUUCACUUAAAACUACAAUUGGGAUUGGAAUGUUGGUCAUUAAGCAAUCUGAUAGUUAAGCAAAUCAUCAGGUGACGGGACCUAUUUGUGCAACUUUUCCCCCCAGUCGUUAAGUGAAUAACAUGGUUGUUAAACAAAUCCGGCUUCCCCCCCAUUGACUUUGCUGGUCAGAAGUUGGUUGGGAAGAUCACAAAUCACAAUCAUGUAACAGCAGAUGCUGCAACAGUUAUAAAUGCAAACUGCUUGCCAAGUGCUCAAAUCAUGAUUGUGGGGAUGGUGCAAAAAUUGUAACUUCAAGGAUGGGUCAUGAGUCACUUUCUUUCAGUGCCAUCACAACUCCAAACUGUCACUAAAUAAAUGGUCAUAAAGACUACCUGUAGUUCCCACAUACUAACAUAAUUUUGCUAGUAUCAGUGGACAUAAUAUAAAAUUUUCCUUCAGUUGUAUUGGGACAAAUAUACAUUGCAAUUUCCCUUGGCAUGCUGAUAGCACUCCUUUCUUCUAAGAAGAAAAGGAGAUGAUCUCAUUUAUAUCUAUCCUUAAAGACUGAUGACAAGAAAUAAAGGAUAUACUGCAAGUACUUGUAAGGGCGAAUCUCAUAUUGAAUAAUGACGUGCAUAACAGUAAUUAGAUUUUAAUGGAUCUAAGCUUUUUUCACCAUGAAAAUGAUUGCCCCACAUACUUUACAAUUUAGGGAAUGUGAAAUGCAUCAUGUUUUCAAGAAAUAAGAUAUUAUAUUAAUUAUUUUUGCAGAUAUUUUAUCACCAAUUGAGAAGUAGAUAGACAAAAUGUUACUCUGACCAAAGGCUUUAAGCCUAAUUCUUUAUUUGGUUCAUGUUACUGUCACUGACAAUUUUUUCUUUUUUGUAACCAAUUCAAAGUUGAUCUAAUAUAGUAAAGCAGACUUGGCUUUUUUCAUUAAAGAAUAUCAUUCUAUCUUGUGUUUCAAUUUUACCAACCAAAUUCCAUUUUUCUCUUCACAAUUACAAACUGGUUAUAUAAAUGUCUGUUUGGAACAUAAGAAUGCUGAAUUUAAUAUUGCCACAGUUAAGGGAAAUAACUGUUAGAAUUGCUUCCCCCGCCCAAAAUAAAAAUUAAUUGCAAAAAGCAAUAAAAGAAAAAAACUUUAACAUUCUGAUUAAUAUUCCUUACAUGGUCAGAAUUUUUUCUAGAGGAAGGCUUUUUUAAACUAUGUUUUUAAAUGUGUUGAAAUGGUGAUUGGUUUGCUUCUCCUGGGUAACCGCUUUGAAUUAGUUCAUAAUUAAAUUACUGUUCAUGUCCAUCUCACAAGUCAGGCACAUCAAAUCAAACUGUUACUCUGUAACCAGGUUUUCAAUAGCAAUAACCAUAUAUAAAUGCCACGUCAAAACUCAGAAACUUCUAUACUGGCUAAUUAAGACUAUAAUCCUCUAUAUGUCUAUUUAAGAUUCAUUGAACAGUAUGGAGUUUCUUUUAGAUUAAAUGUGAUUAGGAUCAUGCUGUAUGUAAUUGUAUGGCUUGGAAAUGUUGAAUCCUGCCCAUGCAGCCCACUACAAGUUACUUCUAGUGUCUAAUUUUUUUUUAAUCACUGCUACUCUAGUUCAGCAAUCACUUUGAAAGUAAUAAAAGCAUUUACAGUGAGAUCCCAUCAUACAUACAUGAUUGCUGGUUGAGGGUUGUUUCUUUUCUUCUGAAAUCAGAUGAUGAUUGAAGCCAAGAUGCUCAGUAACGUUAAUCCUUAAAUCUGACAUUUGUUUGAAUAAGAACUAGCGGUCUGUACUUGAUCCUCAGGAAUAUUUGAAUGCAAUGCUAUGAAUGAAUACUAUCAAGGUGCCAGAGUGUAUCAAUAAAGUCAUUAAAGCCCAUGAGGUGUCAAAUGUUUAAACAGUCCCUCCAAUUUCAGAAAUGAAGAUUGCUAAAUCAAAAAGGGAACAACUUUAUCUUCAUGUCCAGAGAAUUGACAGUGAAAUUGAAGCAUCCAUUGUGUUUACAUUGUGAAAUGUAAAGUUCAAGAAGCAGAGUUAGAUUUAAUGCUAAUUUGGCAAGGAAUUGCUUUUUCUUUUUUUUAAAGACCAGUGCUGAUCACAUUACAUUAUAUAGAAAUGCAGGUGAAAGAUUAUAAUCUGUAUAAUAUCUCUUCCUAAAUUACUGUUGCAACCAUGGCUGGAAUUCCAGCAGCUCCGUAGACCAAUAAAAUACACUACAGAAUGUGUGCGAUGGUAUAUUUUUGAUAAACCAGUGAGACAUUACAAUGCAAUGAUGUUUGCAUUAGAGGUUUUUCUGUUGUUACCAGAAUUUUAUCUCAAUUGUAUUAUUUUCUAUUUUCAUACUCUAAAUGGGCUUUGCUUACUACAAAACAUCAUACCCAAGACAAACAUACUGUACAAAACUGCAGAUAGAUUCAUUUGACAAAACUUUCUAAAGGAUCCUUAGUUUCUUGUUGUCUUUUUUUGAAACUGUAGUGCUUAUGUUGAAACUUGUAUAUCAUUUACAGUACUGUGUCUUGUGCCACUGCUGUACCUGAUGUAUCCAUUCUGGAUUAAAUGAAUUAUGUGCCACAAAAUA